AAUAUUAAAUUUAUUACUUUAAAAGAACCUACAAAUACCAGACUUACUUGGCCAUAAUUUUUACUUGUACCAUUAAUUUUUUCAAUUAUUCAUAUAAAUUCUCUACCUUGUUUACUUCUGUAUCUCAUCAAAUUUUUACUCUAUGUUGACACAUUCCUUCUCCUUCUUCUCCUCCUCCUCCUCUUCCUCCACCUACUCUUCCUCCUACCCUCUCCUCCCUCUCCUUCUCCAACCCCAAAAUCAGUUUAGGAUUUGGGCACUGAAGGACUAUGGGCCAAAGAAACUCUACUUCUCUGCAUGAUUUCAUUCUGCUGGGCUUCUCUGACCAUCCCAAACUGGAGAUGGCCCUGUCAGGAGUUGUUGCCACCUUCUACUUGAUCACACUGGUCGGUAACACAGCCAUCAUUCUUGCGUCUCUCCUGGACUCCCACCUCCACACACCAAUGUACUUCUUCCUCCGGAAUUUAUCUUUCCUAGACCUAUGUUUCACAACCAGCAUCGUCCCUCAGAUGCUGGUUAACUUGUGGGGGCCUCAUAAGACCAUCAGCUAUGGGGGCUGUGUCAUUCAGCUCUAUGUUUAUAUGUGGUUGGGCUCCAUCGAGUGCCUUCUCCUAGCUGUUAUGUCCUACGAUCGUUUCACAGCUAUUUGUAAGCCCCUCCAUUAUUUGGUAAUCAUGAACCCACAUUUAUGUCUCAAGAUGAUUAUCAUGGUCUGGAGCAUUAGUUUGGCCAAUUCUGUUGUACUGUGUACACUCACUCUGAAUCUGCCUAGAUGUGGAAACAACCUUCUGGAUCAUUUCUUGUGUGAGUUGCCAGCUAUGCUCAAGAUAGCGUGUAUAGACACCACAGCAGUUGAAUUGUCUGUUUUUGCUUUAGGCAUCGCCAUUGUCCUUACACCACUCAUCCUUAUUCUUAUAUCCUAUGGCUACAUUGCCAAAGCUGUGCUGAGAAUGAAGUCAAGGGCAGGCCAGCGGAAAGCAAUCAAUACCUGUGGAUCUCAUCUCACCGUGGUGUCUAUCUUCUACGGAGCUAUUAUCUACAUGUACCUGCAACCAGGUAACAAUGCCUCCAGAGGUCAGGUCAUAUUUCUCACCCUCUUUUACACCAUCAUCACACCAAGUCUCAACCCUCUCAUUUACACUUUAAGGAAUAAAGACAUGAAGGAGGCACUGAAGAAGCUGAUGAGAGUUGAUCACAAAUCUACUAAAUCAAAAAGGACCUGGAAGUCAUAGAAAAAAUUAAUGUGAUGGAGGCAAUAAUAAGGUUAUCUAACUUUCAUUUUUACUGAGGCAAGUAAUCCCUAGAUCACAGAGAUCGAUUUAUGUA